AUGCCGUUUUGGGUGGACAGUCCGCAUAGACUCCAUGCCCACUGUGCUCUCUUGCACUUCCAUCGAGACCUUGUGACCAGGAGCACCGAGCACGUGAUUGCCAGGCCUGAGUUUGCAGUUGGCGCUCGAGUAGAGUACAUCAGCACCAGAAGUCAGCAGCUGAUGCGUGGUGUGAUUACGACCCGCAGCCCCUGGAACAUGCUGGAGAUCUCUUCAGAGCCUGGGCAAUGGAUCUCUGUACACAACCUCACCCUUCGCUUGGUGGAGCGGUCGGAAGCACCAGUGGCUAGAUUUCCGGCAGGGGCCGCUGUGGAGUACGCUGGCGGCAGAAAUCAGUGGCAAAGAGGUCUUGUAACUGCAGUGAUGCCCAGAACUGGCAACCUCCAAAUUUCCCUCAGGCCUGGGUACUGGAUGAGCCCUGCAGAGCAGCGGAUGCUCCUCAGACCAGUGCAGCUGCAAAUGAGCUCGUCUCGGUCAAUCACAACAAUGGCAAACGGAAGUAGUUCUGUCAGCACCUUUCCCGUGGCGGGAGCCCGUAUGCUUUUCUUCUUUGCUGGUGCCUGGAAGUCUGUUGUUGUUCGAAGCACCUCACCAGAUGGAAGGGUGGUGCACAUUGGCUGGCAAGAUGCUGGUAGCAACUACACCGCGAGCGUCCCGCCCGAAUUACUGCAGGAAGAUACAGCAUUCCGUGAUGAGGAGGAGUUGCGGCGACUGAGUGAACGGCUCGCGAGGGCUCGGCACGAGAAUCCCAUCGAAGAUUACAAGAUCCCGCAGGCUUUGGAUGCGCUGGCCCUCCCGGGCUUGCGAUCCCAGGAUGGACACUUCAGGCUGCGCGAUCACAUGCAGCACAAGAUGGCAAAAGCUAUGAAUGCUAUGACCGAAUGCUGGAUGUUGGGGUGA